AUGCGUUUCAGGGCGUCAUUGGGCCCUCUUGCGGCUUUGGCCUUACUGCCACUUGCCAUGGCCCAGGCUUCUGACGACGGCGCCGCAACCUGUGCUCCCGAGACCGUUUUCAUCACCGUCGGAGCACCUGUGCCUACCCUUUCGUUCGCCACCACUGUCAUGAGCAUGGUCAGCACCGAGACCGUCGCCGUCUCCACUGUUACUGUCUUUCCUGAGUCCGAAUCUGUCACCACUUCUGUCUCUACCAGCUUCUCUGCAACUGCGUACCCGCUUCCUUCCGAGUCCACCCCGUCCACCCUGGGAACGACUUCCACCUCUUCAGUGUCUAUGUUCCCUCCACCUCAGACAAUGACCUUCGCGGAGACUUUCACAGUCCCUGUUGGCCCUACAAGUUCCAUGUACAUUGGCACCGUCACCCUCACCGAGGGCUGCCCUGCCGAAAAUGGUUGUGAGACCGGGUCCGGACCUCCUGCGAGUGUGCCAAUUCCUACAGGCUCAGUAAUUCCCACAGGCUCAGCAAUUUCCACAGCCCCAGCAAUUUCCACAGCCCCAGCAGUUCCCACAGGCUCAGGUCUGACGACCUUCUACCUGACGACAACAAUCACUUCAGGGUACAGUCCCCAGGUCGUUGCGACUAGCACAUACACGGUCAUUGAGCCGGCUCCCACUUCAAGCUCCAGUCACCACAUGGUCACUGCCAGCUUUACCCUCACUGUGGGCACUGUGACCGGGCCUGGGUCAGCAGAGUCUACCUCUACCUCUGCUCCUGUGGCCUCUGCAGAGCCUCCGCCAGGGUCUGUUGCCAGCUCACUAUCCGUGCCUUCUUCCUUCACCACUCUCACGUCGGCUGCCUCCCUUCCAUCUCCAUCGGUCUUCACCAUCACACUUCCUGGCCUUCCUGGAUCAUCAGUGCAGGUGAUUACAAUCACAGCGGCCACCCCUAUCCCUGGUGGCCCAACCGCUAGCAGCUCGUCGACUGAGGAGGCAUCAGCAACUGGGGUCCCAGCAGUCGUCACACAGACGACCACCUUGUUCUCCGGGACAACCGAGAUCCCAGGCCCUCCACCCUCGACAGUGGUCACCUCUGUCAUUUUCACCUACACAGUCUCGAGAGGGGAUCUCCCCAUCGCCACUCUCACUGAGUCGACAGAGUUCACCUACGUUGCUUCGGCUGGAGCCGUCGGGAUAUCUCUCACGACCGUGGCAACCGUGACCGCGUUGAGCACCGAGACCGUGCUGGCUUCAACCGGUCCCUCCCCUCCCGCUUCUGAGCCGACCACCACGCCUCCACCAUCACUGUCGCCCAGUGCCUCGGGUAUCCCCUCGUCUCCACCAUUUGCCAAUAGUACCACCAGCAUCCCAGCGAUUGUUUCGACUGUGUUUAUCAAUGGAACGGCCGUUGCCACCAGCCUCAUCGUACCUCUCAACUCCACAACAGCCGUCGCUCCACUGCCCACUGGCUCAGACACCACGGCGCCUCCUCCAGGCGUGGUCACGGGCAGCCUCACAACCAUCGUCACCAAUGGUACAGUUUCUGUCACAAGUGUCAUCGUCCCCCCAAGCCCUACCACAGCUGCUGCGCCCCCACCCUCUGGCAGUGAAUCCUCUGCUUCCGUCCCACCAAGUGAGGUUUCGUCUACUGGUGCCCUCACAAGUGUCACGACUAUAAGCAUCAGCGGAUCAGCUGCCGCAACAAGCUUGAUCAUUAUCACUGACUCGAGCACCGUCUUUGCACCACUACCAUCCGAGGACACGUCCCUACCGCCACUGCCAGGACCUUCUACCACACCUCCUCCCUUCCCGACAGGCAAUGGUACAGCAUCAGCAAUGCCGCCAUCUGAUACUGGUGCCAGCUCUCCGCUGCCUACCUCCGCAGCCGCACCGAGCAAUGCGACGGAGUCCGUCCCGGCUUCGACUAGCGCCUCUGUGCCGUUGAACUCGACCACCAUAAUCACAACGAAUGGAACAGCAUCGACUGCCACCAGCAUUAUUGUGUCGCUGAACUCCACCACCUUGGCGCUCCCGCUUCCUACAAAUGUAACGGCUCCUGCAUCUGGCAAUGGUACCGCACCCACCCCGUUCCCAGGCAAUGGAACCACGGCGUCAGGCACUGCUCCUUCACCUUCCGCAGCCAACGGCACCGCUCCUGCACCGACAGGUAACGUAACGGCACCUGCCAUUCCUGGCCCUUCUGCAAGCGGUGCAGCUCCGACAUCUGCCAACGGCACUGUGCCCGCCACACCUUCUGCAAACGCCACCAGCGUAGCGAACGGGACUGCGCCUGCAGCCUCCGGACCAGCUAACUCGACGGCUCCCACUAUUCUCCCAACAGGAGAACCAUCGCCCCCGGCCAAUUCAAGCUUGCCCUCUGGACCCCCAGCAAAUGCCACCGUCCUGCUCCCACAUCCCGGGCAUCUACAUCCGGUCGUCCUGGUCAGGGCGGUCAAGGUGGUGCUUCAUCCAGUGCUCCCGCUCAAGGUGGCCAGGGUGGUCAAGGCGGCCAGGGUGGUCAAGGCGGCCAAGGAGGUGCUUCUUCCACAGCUGCUCCACAAGGUGGCCAAGGUGGUCAAGGUGGACAAGCUGGUCCUACUUCCAGUCCUCGUCCUCAAGGCGGCCAAGGAGGCCAAGGAGGUUCUUCCUCAAGCGCCGCUCCUGAAGGUGGCCAAGGCGGUCAAGGCGGACAGGGUGGACAAGGCGCCCCUACUUCAAGUCCUCGUCCUCAGGGCGGCCAGGGUGGACAGGGCGGCUCUUCCUCGAGUGCACCCCCAGAAGGUGGCCAGGGUGGACAAGGUGGACAAGGCGCCCCUACUUCCAGUCCUCGUCCCCAAGGCGGCCAAGGAGGGCAAGGCGGCUCUUCCUCCAGUGCCGCUCCUGAAGGUGGCCAAGGCGGUCAGGGUGGACAGGGUGGACAAGGUGCCCCUACUUCGAGUCCUCGUCCUCAGGGCGGCCAAGGUGGACAAGGUGGUGCUUCCUCAAGUGCACCACCUCAGGGUGGACAGGGUGGUCAAGGCGGCCAGGGGGGUCAAGGCGGCCCUACUUCAACUCCUGCACCUCAAGGUGGACAGGGUGGUCAAGGAAAUCAAGGUGGCCAGGAGAGUCCAAUUCCUCAAGGUGGCCAAGGGACUCAGAGUGGCGAGAAUGGCGAGGGCGGACCAACUCACGGUGGAUCUAAGGGUGCCGUACCUCGGCCUCGUCCGAAUCCUCUCCAGGGCGCACCUGUUCAAACCGAAUCAUCGGAGUCGUCAUCGCAUUCGACUCGAUCUCAUUCGACUCCAGGUCAGAGUGACUCGGCCGAGCUCCACCAGUUCGAAUUUGUUCAAGGACACUCGACACUUGCUUCAGUUCUCAAGGCCCGGUCACAGCCAAAAGAGACGGCAACACCCUCCUGCGUCAACUUCCCCGGCAACAACAACAUGGUUAUUGAUUUUGACGAUCUCCCUGGCCUGCACAUAGCACCUGGCACCGACCUUGAUAAAAUCGACCCUGAUCACACUCCCAGUCCUUACCGCCAUCUCACUUGGUCUGAGGGCAUCAAGAUCAUCCCUCGCUCAGCUGCGCCCUACCAGCCAUCUUCUGGAGACCUGAUGCUCCAGGUUCCAAAUGAUUUGAAAGAUGAUCAGCUGGCAAGAAUUAGCGUUGGUGACCUUCAAGCCAAUCCAUGCUUCCGGUUUGACUUCACCGGUAUGCAGGCCGGAUGCGCGUCCAAGAAAGCCAGUUGCAUGUUCAACAUCACCGGCCUUUCGUGGGACGAGGAAGCUCAGGCUGAGGUCGUCGUGGGGAACUCGGUGUCCAGCACAAGAGCUUGCUCCCGCCAAAACAAUUGCAUGCUUCGGCCUCUGAUCCCGGACUCGACAGCCGGCCUGCAAAAUCUCACCUCGGUUCUCAUUGACGUCACCGCCAGGAACCAACCACAGAAAUGGUGGGCAGACGACGUUGCGAUCACCUGGACCGACGCUUCUUGCGAUGCAGCUUCCUGCCGCUCCAAUGUGAGAGACAUAUACCCUCGUCGUGGUCACAGUCAGGGUAUGACCCAAAUUGUCAAGCUGGCCCACCCCUGAACUGUUACAUUCUCGUUCCAGCAUGUUUUGCUGAUGUUCAAGACGUUUGUGUGGCCCAUGGUCGGCGGCUUCUCUUGUGCAUUGUCAUUGCGAGACACGACUGUUGCUAUCUCAGUGUUUUUUUGGAGCCAU